AUGAAGCGAAGAAAUUUGGUUAUGUUGGGGUUUGCGCUUCCGUCAACAAAUGCGCUGUCUCUGGCGAACUUCCAGCAGAUCUCAACUGGAUUGGUGCCAACACUUUGCCAAAGCACAUAUGAUGGUCAAAUUCCUGUGUGUACGGUUGCGGAUUUCCAAGACGGUUGCUCGAUAAAAUGUCAGACGGCGCUCAGCGUAUUGGCAGUACAGGUUACAACAUCUUGUAUUACGGUCGGCGCAAGUGCCAACACCUUGCUCGGAAUAGUUAUGAGAGGAGGCAUAAUAGCAGCCCUGUGUCCAACGGCGGAUCAGAGUUCGACCACGACUUCCUCUAGCACGAGGGGCAAUGGAUUAACAACUAUACGUCCCUCGUUUGUAACAUCUGUCUCUUCAGCGACAAAACCACCAGUGUCUGUGCCUGUCACGACCAGUAGCACGGUUGUGGCCUCUACCACAGAAGCGAAAACGACCACUUCGACUCCCACGACAAGCGCUACAAGUCAAACACAGGUGUUGAGCUCUCAGACCACGACCUCUGUGACAUCAACAAGCGCUACAAUAACAUCAACCCUGUCGACGGUUACACCACCUGUAUCUUCCACCAGUACGGAUGACGAUGGAGGAGCAGAGAGUACUACCGUGCUCACCGAAAGCAACAGCAGAGGGACUCAGAUAAUCGCCACAAGCACUAAUCCAGCGGAUGCUGAAACUACCAGCAAGUCGGCUAGUAAUGGUUCAGGAGGAGGCAGCCCGUUCGAUAUUCAAAGUGCGGCACCACAGCUAAGUCGUCGUUCAGCUCUGUACGUACUCGUAGCUACGGUUUGGACCGGCGUUAUCUUGAGGUGGUAG